AUGCAUGCCUUUGGACGCGGAAGAGGAAAAAUAGCGGCAUUCAAGAGAAUGGCAGCCAAAGUUGGUGAUAUUGAUGAUGAAGAUAAUAUAAUGACUACAAAAAUAAAAUUAACUCACAAUGAAUAUAAUGCUACGAUUAGAAAUAAAUUAGAGUUUAAUCGUUUGAAAGUUAUUGUCAAACACAUUAAUGAACAAAGUGAUUCAGCAUCGUCAAAAAGACGAACAAUGGCUCAUGAUCUUAAAAAAUGGUUAAAUGAUAAUCAAACAAUUGUUUGUAAUACCGAGGAAUUUUUCUUCAACAGACAGUUUGAUUUACUUACUGACUUUCUUGUCAGUGCUGGAAAAUCUUUUGAUUUUAUGUUAUUUGGACGAAAAACUUUGGGUUCAUCAAACCCAAAAGUUAAAAUUCGUAUCCUCGAAAAAGUAUUUAAUGAACGAAAAACUGUUUAUAAAAAUAGAGUGGAAUUGAAUAAAUGUAAAUGUCUGUUAAACUCAUUAAACACGGAAUAUGAGCAACAUGUUGCUCAUGAAACCGCAAAAGAACAAGAAUUUAUGAAAGAACUACGAAAAGAGAAGAGUGAGCAAAUUGAACAUUUUGAUUUUUCAGAAAAAGAUUUUUAUCGAUUUGGCGUACGACUAAACUUAUCCAGUCCUCGUCGUAAUCGUCAGCGUCCAGUUGGCAUCAAUUCUGGUUUUGCUCGACCUAAUCGUGUUCAGUCUGCCGGAAGUGGAUUGUUAAAUCGACCAUCAACAGCACCAAUCAAAAUAUAUCAUGGUGAACUCAGUGACGAUGACACGAGUGACGAUGAAAUAAUCCCAAUUCAUAUUCAAUCGACGACUCCUAACUCACGCUUGACAUCCGCUAUGCGUUCAACAACAACUGAACUCUCGAAUUAUCCACCGUCAAUUUCACAACAAGAUUACGAAGAUAAUAAAUCAUCAGCAGCUUAUUCCAGCACAAGAAUUUCAUGGCCAGUUAAAUUACGCGUUUUUGCUUUGCAAGACGAAGAUGAAGCAAGAAAACAGUGGCUAGCAUGGAAAGCAGAACAACGAAAAGCUAAGCGGCGUAGUAGUAAACAAUUUCUCGAUGUUGAACUGGAACGUCAGUAUCGUGAAUCAAUUCGCCGUCGUCAAGAAAUUGAAGCAUUUCUCACUCCAGAAAUAAUUGAAAAUGCAAAACUACAUGAUCCUAUAUUUGCCAAACGUUACAGACAAUUGAAAUUAGCUGUUAAAGCUGGAAAAUUACCGGCGUACGAUCGAAAUGAUACGGAAAUAAAUGUAACAAUGACAAAAUCAAAAAUAGAACGUGCACGAACAGCAUUAAUAUCAGCCAAACAAUCGAAAAUAAAAAGUAUUUAUAGAAACCAACAAAUAAUUAAUGAUAAGAAUUUAUCAAGACGAAUCGACUAUUUUUUAACAAGUUUAGAAAACUUGAAAAAAGAACUUGGCGAAAGUGUUUAG